AUGUAUUGCAACACUACAACUUCAACUACGACUACUUCCAACAACAACAACAACAACAACAUUGCUGAUCAGUUUGAUAUUAUAUCAUCAACUUCAACGACAACAACACAGGCAUCACAAUCACCAAAUAUAAUAUAUAGUGGACAGUUGGCACUUUGUGUCCUGUCCAAGGACUCCAAAGAGUCCAACCACAUCAACCAUGACCUCUUUGUAGAUAAGCGUGUAGUAUUAGUAUCACCAAACAUACUCUAUUAUUCAAAUAUCAAUAGCUUGGAAUGCAGGGACAAUUUGGUACUUUAUGGAAGUAGUGUGGAACCAUUCCAGACUGAUGGAGCGGAUGGCGAGAUAUUGGUAUUUGAUGUGAUUGAGAGCGCUACGUGUUUGUUACAGUCUGGCGCAGCGGCACCACGUGUGUUCAGGUUCAAAGCGUUGGACUUGACUGACUUUAAUGCAUGGCUCGACCUGCUGCGCCUCUACGCCCAACAACCUGAUCACUGUAAACAAACCUCCAAAUCUCUGCCGCCACUAAAGAGGGCAGCCAAUGAACAUCACCAUCGCAACUUUAAUCAAUCGGCACCAGCCGCUACGCAGGUGAUUUAUGCUGGCGAGUCGGUCGACACGCCCACCAUCACCCCGCGUCCGCCCCGCGACUGGGACGAGGACGAGGUAUACCUAAUCGAGAUGUUCCCGCAGCUUGAGGUGUCGGUGAUCUUGGACGCCAUUGAUUUCUGUGGCAAUGAUCGUGAUGAAGUCAUCGCACUUUUAGCGGCUGGCAUCCGUCUCUCAUUCCAAGGCGACCUCAACACAUUCUCACCAAUCGACCUUGGCCAUUCAUUACACAACUACCAACCUGUUGGCAACAACGGAGUUGGUGGUGGACGCACUCCCAACACUGAAUCCAAACUGUAUCAUUACCAACAAUAUCGCAACAAGAACAACAACAACAACACCUCGCGAGAGGUAUCCAAUAAUUCAUCAUUAUCAAACUGUACCAAUACCAACACAAACAACACCAACACAAAUACCAACAAUAACCUGGACAACAAUAGUACACCAACAUCAUUCUCCUAUUCGCCAAUGGCCGGUGGAUCAAUUGGAUACUAUGGUUCUUCCGACAACAAGUCAUUCCUAACAUUCCCAAGCGUCAAGGUUGAGUUUGGUCAACAACUGUUGCCAUCGCCACCAACCACCACCACAGCGCCACAUACAUCAUCCAACCUUCCCUCCUCCUCCUCUUCCUCCAACACCAACAACAGCGUCCCCACACUAUCACUGCCACCUGCAAGUCAGUCGCGACCAAUUCAAUGUAAUAUACCAAAGAGCAAGAUACACUUGUCCAUAAGAAAGCGAUCACCAUCCAAGCAACAUCAACACCAUCAUCAUCAACAUCAACAACAACAACAGACACAACAUCAGACACAGACAAUGGAUAACAUUGUCAACAACAUCCAAACAACUACAACUACAGCGUCUCCUCCUCCCACACAGCCGGCCCAAGUGCCUGCCUCAAUGGUCAUAUUUAGCAACAUCAAUGGGUGGCGACCAUCCACCAAGACUGGUCCCGCCUGGGAUCUAUCCAUAUCCAUAACAGGAUGUUGUAACUUACGUACCCAUACUGAAUACAAGAUACAGGUAAAGACAAGCUUUGCGGAAUGGACAGUGUUUAGACGAUACAAUAACUUCUUGCUGCUUGAUAAGAAGCUGCGUAGGGUAAGCAGUGUUGAUAGGAAGUUAUUGUUGGUGUUGCCAUCCAAGAAGUUGUUGUCAUUCUCCAACGAGGUCAUUAGGAGUAGACAGGUAUCACUACAAACAUACUUGACCACAUUGUUACAAUCACAUCCUGGUCUGUUCUACAGUGAAUCCAUUGUCAAUCUAUUCUUCAAUGGUGACUUUACCUCUGACAUGUUCACAGUUUCCGCUCAACAAUUAUAA